UCCAUCUCCCGCUUGGAAAACACCCUCCUUUAUAACAAAAUAACCAAACCCCAACAAUUCAGGCAAUUCGCACAAUUCCUCCACUCAAUACCGGGCGGUUCGGGGGUGUCCCUGCUGCGACCCGCCCUUUUUUUUUUUUUUUUUUUCCCCUAGGGGUUCCCCCCGCCCAAAUUCCCUUUUUCCAAGGUUUCCCCCCCACUUUUCCCAGCGUUUUUCCCCCGCUUUUUUCCCAGCGGCGCAUCCGGCGGGGAAUGGGAUGACGGGACCUUCCUGUUCCCGGCCCCGCGCUCGCCUCACGCCCGGGGGACGCCCCCGCCACGACCCCCCCGCACCCCGGAGCCCGAGGGGACCCCCGGAGCCACCCCCGGAACCCUCCGGAACGCCCCCGGCCCCUCCCGCGCCGCGGAGCCGCCGAGGAGGCCCCAUGGAGCAGGACGAGCCGGACGUGGUGGAGCUGCAGGACUCGGACGAGGGGGACGUGGUCCGGAGGGUCUUCAUUGCCGACGAUGGCAUCGUGAGUGACGGCGAGGCCGAGGUGCUGCCGCACGAGAUCAUCCGCACGGUGAUCCCGCACAGCCCCCUGCGCCCCCCGCCGCCCCGCGGGACCCCCGGCCCGGCCCCGGGGGGCUCCGAGGAGGGCGGGGGGCGGCGGGGUGGGGGCCGCCAGCGCCCCUUCAUCUGCAACGAGUGCGGCAAGAGCUUCAGCCACUGGUCCAAGCUGCUGCGGCACCAGCGCACGCACACGGGCGAGCGGCCCAGCACCUGCGGCGAGUGCGGCAAGAGCUUCUCGCAGAACUCGCACCUGGUGCAGCACCGCCGCACCCACACCGGAGAGAAGCCGUACAGGUGCGGCCACUGCGGCAAGAGCUUCUCCUGGAGCUCCAACCUCAUCCAGCACCAGCGCAUUCACACCGGGGAGCGCCCGUAUGGCUGCGCCGAGUGCGGCAAGAGCUUCACGCAGAGCAAGAACCUCAUCAAGCACCAGCGCACCCACGCCGGGUCCGGGGCAGCGCGGCCGCGGCGCUGCGCCCACCCCGCCGGUGCCCCGAGGGCUCUGAAGGGGCCUCGGCCGGGGGGCGAGGGCGAGGGGCCCGCAGGGGCCGAGGGCGGCUGCGGGCAGGAGCCGCUGAUCUGCGUGGAGUGUGGGGAGAGCUUCGCCCGGAGCGCCGCGCUCAGGAGGCACCGCCGGGGGCACCGCCCGCUCUUCGUGCCCUGAGGGGACAAUGCGGGGACAGCGCCCGCUCUUCGUGCCCUGAGGGAACAUGGGGACACUGCGGAGGGGGCACAGGGACAGUGGGGC